AUGUCGUGGAGUAAAGAAAAUCGUUUUAUUUCUGCUUUUUGCAGUACCCCAUUUCAGUCCAAUGCCCCGGAAAACGAGAACUCCCCGAACUGGGAUCGUUACCGCUUAAGUCUGGAGCGAAUGAGAUCACUGCAGGUUCACUCCACCCACUGGCGAUCAACAUGCAGCUAUCCGACUCAUAGCAUCGAUUUCACAGACUACCUCCGCGGCAACUUCAAAGACUUCAACAUCCUCGAUUUCCCUAGUAAUGGCGAGUGUAAGAAGGUAGAAUAUGUGGAUAUCCGGGGGCACAAUGGCACGAACCUUACAGCACCGUUUUGGGCGAGCUCCUGGACGGGUUUGCAUACUGACAGCUCUAUCGAUUUCUGCGAGCUAAAUGCAACUGUUGGAGCGGUAUGGAGUGAAGACAACUUUGGCCUCUAUAACAACAUAAAUCCCAAGUUCCGCUGCACACAGGAAGACAGCUCUACUACUCAGUGGUGGUUUGGAGCUCAUCUUAAAAAAUAGUUUCUGGAAAAUGAGAUUACACAGCUCCCAUGUCAGAACUAAGGGGGCCUGCAAAUUGUACCACCCUUAUAAACAGACGAAAUGCAUUCAGUAUUAGUUUAGAAGAUUUAAAUUGUUGAAGAUGUACACUCUUAAGAUUAGAAAAGCUUCUUUUUCGUUGAUAAGCAGUGAUUUUGUAGUUAAAUGCAGCAUUUUUCAUCGCUUGAUUGACCUCUCUGUGUAUAAUUGUUAGAGAAUUGUUUUUGGUUUUCAUCACUUGACGCAUCAUCGAAUAUUAACGGUUAAACAUUUGUCACUAAAAUGGGGUCAAAACGACAGGUUUUUCUAAUAAUUUUUGAAAACUGCUGGGGUGGCUCUGAAAAGGUUCGCCUUGUAUGCGUGUGAAAUAGGAAUGGGUAAUUAAGAGGAAAAUGGUCACCUUUUAAAGCAGCUUAUUGAGCUUUUUCUAUCUUAUAAGGGAAGUUUACAGGUACGGUGGAGCGCAAUUUCAACUCGGGGGGGCGCUUGAAAACUCGCGCCGGAGACGCGAGUUUGUUGGGGGGGGGAGGGGGGUCUGGGGCAUCCUCUCCCAGAAACUUUUGAAAUCUAGAAGUUCGGAAAUGGUAUUAUCAACAUUCUCAAUGAGAUAUUUCUAAAAGAAAAACUCAACCUGGAUAAGGUGUUAAACAAAAAAAUUUUCCUUUACAAAAGUCAAGGGUCGUAUUACCUGCUACCCUUUGGCCUAGCUGUGCCAGCUUCGCUUUGCUCCCGCUUUGCCGUUAAUCAUUCAUUUCCCAAACCUUAAUGUAAAAGAGCAUUAAUAUGUUAAAUAGAUUACAAUUGCCUGACUGAUUAAAAAAUAAAAGUGUAAACGAUGACUAGUUAUAAGGUAAAAACCAACUGUAAGAGUAAAAACUGAUAAUUGUAACCGUUGUGAAACUGUAUGGAGAUUAAGAACUGUGAGAAGAAAGGCAAAUUACAAGAUUACAUGCAGAACUACAGCCCGCAUCACCGUGGCACAAGUGAGGCCCACAAGUUUACUAGCUUUCAGCUAUUUAGUGUUUUACUAAAUAAAGUGUUUACUUGCUCACUUCACAUACCUAGUUUGCCAAUUUGAAUCCCUUUUAACUACUGUUUGUGCACUAUGUUUUAAGUACUGUUCAAAAAACGAGCGGGAUUGUAUUAUCAGGUUUACUAAAAAUAGAUACUUAAAUAAUUUUGGUCUAAAACUUAGACUUAAAUUUUAGCUUUGUCUUUAUCUAUAUAAAAACACUCAUUAAACAUUGAUUUCUGUCUUUUUCUUUAUGAACUAUUAAGUAAAUGAGUUUUUGAGAUAAUGAAGACAACCAAAAAGGGAAAUUUUCUCGACAUUUUAACAGCCAUAAAACCUUUUGUCAACCUUUUUGGACCCUUUUACAGACCGAUAUGACAGAUUUUCCUACCCUUUUAUAUACUUCAACGAGUGAAAUCCCUACUCUUUCAUAUUACUUUUAUAUAACCAUCUCGGGCGGAACCUCCCCGUGUAGGCCAUUAUUGAAGGUACUCCACCGGGUUUAGUGCCCUUUCUUAGGUCAUUUAUACUUAACGGGAAUGGGGAACUUUAAAAAAAGGCACACAACAGAGCAGUAAGCAAGAUGGCUCAAAGUUACGGGUCCAAGCUAUUAUUAUUCUGGAAUAACAUUUCUAGGGUAAAUUAAGUAGACACUGAACUGUCUCCUUGCCUUACCUCUUUAAUCCCUUGUGUUCACAUAUAAAUUCUCCACAUAUUUCGUGAAAGCAUUAGUAGAGAAAAUUUGAUAAAACAUCAAAGCGCUUUCUCUGUUGCAUGUGAUCAUUUUAUAAAUUCUCAUAAAAUUUUCUCUUGACGGUGCAUGAGUGAUUUCGGGAGAAAAUCGAUUUGGUCAGUCUUGGCAUAUACCAAUAACUGUUUUAAUCGUCUCACUCAUACAUCACAUUGUGGCCGGAUUAUUAACUUUUUAAUCUGUUGUUUAAAUUCUUUUGUACUUUCAUUAAAAUGAACGAAAGUUCUUUGGCAGAACGUUUGAGAGGGAUUAUUUAGUUUUAACUAUUUUACAAGACGAAAUUGUAUUUCUUUGAUGUGAUUUCUUUUACUUUCACCGGUAAAAAGAACUGAAAAAGGGGUAAUAUCUAUUCAAUUUAGCCAACGAGCAGGCUGUCGAGUUGGGAUUUCGUGCUACAUUCUUUCGGUGUUGCUCAUGCGAGAUUUUACAACCCUGCAGGGGUGGGUUGAGAGGGUACACUAUAAGAACCUCCACGACCUAAACAAGCGUUGAGUAUUGGCAACAGAGGAUAAAGGAAGACCCUCGAUUGUAAAGAGGAUUUUACAUUUUGAAUUUGAUUACUGAAUGGAGCUUAAAAUGUUUACAUUCCGAAACAGUCGACGACAGUAGGUGUUUGAGAAAACGGAAACUAAGAUCGGAGCUAAAAACCCACUCAUCUUGCAUUAAUUUUUAGGACGCGCAUUAAACUCUUAUAUAUUUUCACAUUGUUUUCUUUAUGAAUUAUUUGAGACUUUUUUGAAACAUCUUUUAGUGCUAUAGGUAUUCGCAAAAAUAGCCCAAAACAUUUCGAUAAAUUAGAAAUUUGUUAAAAUUCAUUCUUGGCUCUGAGCCUUGGAUAACAAAAGAAUUCAUCUUACAUAAUCACCUUAUAUAAUACAUUUCUUUUGUUUUAUUUCUCCAAUCCUCGAAGCCAAGAGUAAAUUUAAAUUUAUCUAAAUUGGUGUAUUAUGUUUUGAAGAUUAAAAAGUACAAAACCUUAAUUCUAGUCGAAGACCUUAUACCAGCUAAAUUAGCCUGCGAUCGAUCAAAGAAAUUUUAUCGUUGCUUUUCUAUGAACUACCUUGAAAAAAAAAAAAUUUACAAAUUUGUACAUUAUGUGCAACAUCAACCGCAAGUAAGAAGUAAUUUAGUCCUGUUUUUCCUUGCCAAGUCGCUAGGCCUAAUCAGUAUUCCGCGCGGUCUAUGCGUUUCGGAUCACGUAAUUAGAGAGAGUUUCGCCUCGGAUAAGUCACCAAAAUGCACACUGAAUGCAUUGGACGAGAAGGCCUGGGAAGAUGCGCGGUUGGGAAUGGGGCGACUGCGGGCUCUUCACUGGAAGAAACGCCCAGCAAAUGACAUUCUCCAGUAAUGUACAAAACGAACAUUUUUGUUACCCACAGCAACGCAUUUAACCCGAGACAACCCUAAAGACUUUCUACCAUAUCCAGGAGAAAAUGCGUCAAAAAGUAAAAACUACACACAGCAUUUAUGUCAUUGUUUCUCCGAAGUUCCAGAUGUUUAGCACGCACUUGUUAUUUUCCUUUUUCUAUAUUCUGCAUCUGCAUUAAUCCUUUGAUAAUCAGUAAGAAAUACUGUCAUGAGGUAGGCUAGGUAAAGAGCUAAUUUCGUUCACUUCGUUUACUUCUAAAUACUAAUGGCUUUCCGCUUUUUUGCUCAAGAUCUUCUCUUUUGUAUUGUUUGUGCCGCCAUAUUUAUACACUGUCUUUGUGCUCCCCUGUAUAGCUAUACUGCUCGAUGAGUUCAGUUCAACGUUUUUUCUUUCAUAAUACUAAAAUAAGAGUAUACGUUUCCUGCUUCCGUUACUGAUUUGGACUUUGACGCUUGAAAGCAAAGCUUAACCUUUUCGUUUAUAUUCUUCUCGGUGGGCACAGACUCUGUCAUUGGUCAAAGUAGCUCGUGUUUUUUUUCUUUUGCAUGUUUAAGCCACCCACUUGAUACAUAGGCGUCCCGAGCAUCAGGAUAAUUCUCCGCCAUUGCUCAGAAUAAAAAGGUAUUUUUUUUACCAUUUCGCUACGCGUGACGCGUUUCGAAGAUAGGUACGUGGUGGACGAAAUAAUGUUAAUUGUUGGUGGCCUCUGUCCUAUCAUCCUUCUAGACAUCAGGUUCGUAGCUUAACAUCUUUAAAGAGGACACAGAGUACACACUUUUACCUCAUACUCUUUUUGUGCUGCCCGUCUUGCAUUGAACAUUUUUCGUCUUUAUUUACAUCAAGAGUUCUACGAAUAAACCAUUGCAAACAAGUACUGUACCCGGAAUAUCAUGGAGUGCUUUUCGUAAUUUGUGUACACAAAUCAACAUUAAUUUGAGUGUCUCAAUUGCGACAUACAAGUCAACAGCUGUUUUUUAAAUUUCUGGAGUAUUGUUUAAUUUCUUGAAUAUGACAGCAAGAUUUUUUCACGCCCCAGCCUCGGCGGGUAACUGCCACUAACGUAUAGUCAUUUCAUGUCUUUCUCGUUUUUUGGGCUGAAACAGAAAGAUGAAAACUAAACUUAAAGAGGCGUUACACUCUUUUUUCAUAUAAGCCGAAUGUUGUUUUCUGGCUCAUGCUGAAUACGCCCUAUUUUGCCUAAAUUAAAGGGAUAAGAAAAUCUCAAAUUUUUGACCAAAACAAUUGACUAACCCCUUUACAAAAAGACCAAAACUUGCGGUUUCCUAAAUCGACAAUUUUGUAGUUUAAAAACAGUAAUUUUUAUUAUAUCUUCACCAAAAACCUGUUCUCGGCCUAUUUUAUCUAAAUAAAAUAGAUGAAAUAAUUUCAAAUUGUUGACUUAAACAAUGGUGAUAACCGUUUUUGAAAAAGGAAGAUUUUGCAACUUUCCUAAAUGGUUAUUUUUAUACUUUAAAAAGGAUUAUAAUUUUCUAUCGAGAUCGUCGCGAAACACUUAAUAUAGGCAUAUUUUACCUAAAUUAAAGAGACAAAGAUAUUUCAUAUUUUUGACCGAAACCAAGGACUAACACCUUUGCAAAAAUGUAAACUGAUUUGGGACUAUCCUAAAUCGAUGAUUUUAUAGUCUAAAAAGACUGAUUUUCUAUCUAACUAGUCACCAAACACUUUAUUGACCUAUUUUGCCUAAUUUAAAAGGAUAAUUAAAGGAAAUUUUACAUUUCUGACCAAAACCAUGGCCUAGCCUAUUGGGAAAAAUGCAAAUUUUGAUACUCUCUAAAUCUUCGAUGUUUUCAUGUUUUUAAUAUUCCAUCAAGAUCGUCAACAAACAAAUUUUUUAGGCCUAUGUCACCUAAUAUAAAAUGAAUAUAACGAAAAAAUUCAAACUUUUGAGGAAAAGCAUUGAGUAAACACUUUGAAAAGAUGCCAGUUUUGCUACUUUGCUUAUUAAUUUUCUAUCUAGGCCGUCAAGAAACACUUUUUGUCCGCCUGUUUUAUUACAUGGCUGGGGGCGUUUUUUUAGCUAAAACCGACUGUUUAAAAUCUUGAAAUAUUCUUUCCACUGCUAUCAAUUAUUAAAUCAUGCUUCCUUUGAAAUAUAAUUAAUUUUUCUCCGUUAAUUAAUUUUUUCUUAUUAAUGAUGAUGUUUUGCCUUCAAGGAACAAGGCGACUAAUCAGCGCUCGCACAUCAAGCCAUUUUUGAGACACAAAACUCUUACACGAAUUUUAGACAUUAAUGAGAUCUGAGUUCUUCUUCUUCUUUUUUUUUUUUCAGCUUAAGAAACGCACAGAUAAUAGGCGAAUAACUAGGUUUUUUAAAUUAAAAUGCAAUGGCGUUUAUACAUUACCGUCUAAACACACAACAGACUGGUUAUUACACAAAUACCGAGACAAUUGACAACUAAAUUUGUUGUUAGUAUGACUUCCCGUAAGAGUUCGGCAUUUUUAUGCGCUUGCUAUUAAGCGGUGAGAAGAGAUUUUUUGGGGUGGGGUAUAUGCAUUAAGUAAAAAAUUCUUUAAUUAUUCCUAGGCAUGAAAGAAAGUUAAAAAGAGUAGUAGAAACCUAUCGACCGACUUUACUCCAUUUUCAAUUAAUGAUGUCAGUACUAGCGUUCCGAUAUUUCUCAGACACCUACACGACAUGAUAAUUGAUUCGAUUUUCUUGUAGAACUCCUGUCGAACUUUAGCUUUUAUUGUAUUGUGUUAGAAUUAUACUCUCUACCUUCUUUCAGUCUUUGCUAUGCUUUGUAUUCUUUUACAGCUAAUUCUGACGACAUGAUUUGGUAACAAGCAGGUUCUUCCGUUGUCGCCCGUCAUUUUUAAUUCCUUGUUGAACCAUCUCUAGCUGGGCACCGCACGGACCGAACUUUCUGCAUGUAAACCCAACGUAAAUUUGUUUCUCUUCGCUUUCUAGGAUCUUCCUGGUUCCAGGAUCUUCCUCCUUCCAUGUAAUUAACAGCCCCUUAAUUUAAACAGCAAUUCUUCAGCAAAAAGCAAACAAACAAAAAACAAUGGCUCGAGGACAUUUUAUGUUGAAACUGAUCCGAUAGUGGUGUCUCCGUGGCUAGAAUAGACCUUAACUGGCUUUCAUCUGAAACAGGAAAUAAUACAAAAAGGACUGGUGAUUUUGUUAGCUUUGCUAUUGCUUUACAAGAAUUUAGAGUAUAAAUAUAUCCUACAGUUUACAAGCGAAAACUCAAGAUCGUCACCAAGCACAUUUUUUGGUCUGUCACCUAAAAUGAAAGUAAUGAGGAAAACCAUUGAGUAAACCCUGUGAAAAAAUGCCAGUUUUGCGACUUUGCUUAGUUGACAUUUUUAUAGUGUAGAUAAAGACCAAUUUUCUAUCUAGAUCGUCACGGAACACUUUUUCUCCGCCUCUUUUAUUACAUGGGGCGAUCCGUUAAACGUUUUUGGGUCUGCUGUUUUCGCUGAUACAGCUAAAACCGACAGUUUAAAAAUUUAAAAUCUUUUUACACUGCCAUCAAUUAGUGUAUCCUUUGAAAUAUAAUUAAUUGUUGUCCGUUAAUUAAUUUUUUCUUAUUAAUGAUUAUGUUAUUUUGCCUUCAUUUUCAAGACAGGAAGGAAGCAAAAAUCCUACCCGAAUUUCGGACAAUAACGAGAUCUGAGUUAGUCUCUUUUUUUUAGCUUAAGAAAUGCACACAUAACAUAGCAUCCUAACAGGUGAAUAACUAGGUUGUUUAUAUUAAAAUGCAUUGACGUUUAUACAUUACUGUUUAAACACAUAGCGAUUGGUUAUGACAAAAAUACCGAGAAAAUUGGCAACUUAAUUUGAUGUAUGACUUCCUGAAGGAGUUAGUCAUUUUUAUGUGGUUGCUAUUUAAAGUAAGAAGAGAUUUGUGGGGGUGGGGUAUAUGCAUUUAUUUAUUAGUGAUUAGAAAGAAAAUCGACAAGAGUAGUAGAAACCUUUCAGCCAACUUUAUACCUUUUUCAAUGAUGUAGCGUUCAAAAAUUAUUUGUCAAAUAUCUAUACGACUCGAUAUUGGAUUCGAUUUUCUCGUAGAAGCCCUGACGAACUUUAACUUUUGUUCUAUUGGUUAAAAUUAUACUCUCUACCUUUUUGCUAUGUUUUGUAUUCUAGAACAACUUAUUACUACAUGAUUUGGUAGCAAGCUAAAUAAGCAGGUUGCUGUGUUAUGUUCGAGCAUGAUUAAUAUACAUUCUGUGAUCCAGAAGUAAAAAAAAAAAAGAGCAAGAAGACAUUUUCUGUUCAAAAUGACCUUAGGAUUGCUGAAAUUGGCUAGGAUAGACUUUAUAUCGAGGCAUAUUUUUCAUUUAAAAUUAAAUGUGAUCCAAUUACGAAAGGAAAGAUUUGUUGAAACAUGCACAACCAUGAGCUUAUUCGCCAGAACCAAGAAUUUAUUUGCCCGCAUUGUGACGAGGUUUAAUUGAAAAUUAUCAAAUUUAGGGGCUGUUUACGUGGAGGGAGGAAGAUUCUAGCGCCAGG